GGGGGGAAGGUCCUCACAUACCAUGGACAAGCGGAUGGGGUCACCAACUCAUUCAAUAGUGCAAGAUACUACGAGUUGGUGGCCGCCAACAUGUCAUUGUCACCCUCGGCCCUCGAUGAGUUUUAUCGUUUCUUCCGCAUCAGCGGUAUGGUCCACUGUCGGCGCGUGGGGUGUCGCGAACAGGUACGUCGGCUGGCCACUGGCGGCCAACACACCCGAGAACAACGUACUACUUACCAUGAUCAAAUGGGUGGAGGAAGGCGAGGCGCCCGAAUCGAUUACGGGCAACGGCUACGGAAAUUUAACU